GACCCAAUAUUAUACAUUCUUCGAAUAAUAACAAUCAAAAUACUAUGAGUUCUAUAAAUACACUUGUUGUUGCUCGUAAUCAUACUGCAUUAUAUGUCAGACCAGUCUUAAAUACUCAAUUAAAUUCUCGUUCAAUUAUAAGUCCUACACCUUCUGAUUUACCAACGAACACACAAAGACAAAUUAAUCAAACAACACCAAGCAUCAAUCAAUUAAGUUAUUCUUCAACAUCAUUAGUGACACCUUUUUCAUCAAUUGCUCAA